AUGCCCAGCAUAGACACCGAGUUGAUUGCUCCGUUGUCGCGGAUUUCCGAGAUCCUGUUGAAACGUCCGGGCCGCGUCAGUGUGGACGGAAUAAAGCGAUUGGCCAACAUCUACGGGUUCGAGACGUUCACCGACACGUUGGCGGUCAACGACCAGAACGACCUGGUGUUUGCGUAUCCUGAGAGUCGGUCGACCACGCCGGUGGGCAAAGAGGUACCGCAGAUCGAGCGGCUGUCGCUGAGCGGCAAGAUUCUGCUCAUAGAUAUCGAUUUCCAGGACGGCGCGGUCAAGAACGUUGGACUGUCGAGUGCCAUCAACAUCGAGUCGAUCGACGCGCGCAGUUACGAUUUCGUGGACGGUUUUGGUAGCUUCCCGAAAGUGGGCACGAUUUUGUACGAGAACCUGCAAUCGACCACGUUGGACAAGUUCAACAAGAACCUGCGGCUGCUGGGCCAGCUCGACCGGCUGUCAGCGUCGGCACCGUUCGAUUUAUUUAACACAUUCAACCUGCUGACAUACAACCUGCUCAAGGCGUGUGCGGCCGAAAAAGAGCACAUAGCAGAUAACUCGGCCGACAUAUUGACGGAAAAAGAACUAGCCGCAGAUUAUGACGUGGGAGUGCGCGGUGUCGGGAAGGUGCUCGUGAACCAGUCGGAUAAGAUUGGGCUAUUCCUCAAGUUUUGGCAGGAUAACCGAUUCCUGGCCGAGCUCGAUCGGUCUGAGCGUCCGGAGUAUAUGCUCCACUUCAAGAUCAUGGAGAGUCCUCGUGCGGAUCCGGUGGAGACCAAGGAGACCAAGCGCGUGGUGGAGUGGUUCAACGGUCAAUGGAGUCCUGACGUGCCUCUGGAUCUGCUGGUGUUGGAAUUAUGUCCUCCCGUGUGGAUUCCCGAAGAUCUGCUAUUGGAGCUCGGAUUGAACGAGUACGAAGUGGUCACUCCAGAUAACAGUGUCUUCAACAGCACCACAGACACGCUGGACGACUUUUACCAGGAAAUCAACAAAAACUAUUCCUACACAUUUGGAACGGAAGAUCAGAUAAUAGAAUCGUUCUUUCUAACAGGUUGCAAAUUUGUGAAAAUAUAUAAACUCAAGCUCGCAGAGCUGGACAAACUUCGGGCGCUUGUGAGCGGUCUUCGGAGCUGGUGUUUGGUCAACAACGUGGUCAGAAACCUUUUGCAAGGCCAACAAAAGACAGCCGGGUCGUCCCAGACAGAUGAGCUCUGGCUGAACGAUAUGGUGAGAGGCAAUUUGGAGAAGCUUGAUAACAGUUCGGGCGCGUCGUCGGAAGUGAUAAGGCUGUCUGUGGAGACUCUGGAGCCGCAGCAGAUCGACCUGACCAUCAGAGGCGUUUUGUUGAAGAUUAUAGACGGCCAGGUGAAAAGCUCGGACAAAAAGUUGGCAAAGUUGGUGACCAAGACCGAAGAGCUUUUUUGA